CUGAUCAUGGUGUGUCUGCUCACCUGUGGACAUAUGUUGCUACGUUUAUUCGACGUGUAGACAAGGGGGCUCGUCGUGAAUCCUGUUUUGUUUUAGAUCGCAUUAAACUUAUUUCUCGAGUUAUUCUCGAGCGCAAUUAUGGUCGAUGAUGCUACGAGAAAAACCCUUAGUGGCAUCCCGUUACUGAGAACUAAAGCCGGGCCACGCGACAAGGACCUGUGGCCCUCACGACUAAAGGAGGAGUACCAAGCGCUGAUCAAGUACGUGCAGAACAACAAGGAGAAUGACAACGACUGGUUCCGGCUCGAGUCCAACAAAGAUGGUACUCGGUGGUUCGGCAAGUGUUGGUACAUCCACGAGCUUCUCAAGUACGAGUUCGACGUGGAGUUUGACAUUCCGGUGACAUACCCAACCACAGCCCCUGAAAUUGCAUUGCCAUCACUGGAUGGCAAAACAGCCAAGAUGUACAGGGGAGGGAAGAUCUGUAUGACGGACCACUUCAAGCCUUUGUGGGCAAGGAAUGUGCCAAAGUUUGGUAUUGCUCAUGCCAUGGCACUUGGACUCGGCCCAUGGCUGGCAGUGGAGAUCCCUGACCUCAUCCAGAAGGGUGUGCUUAAGCACAAGGACGACACACAGACCAAGUCGUAGCCCAGUGGUGCGGCUGGAGCCGUGGCUGGUGCGCUCACAACCGCAUGUGCAUCUUUGCCUCUCAAAGAGUUGGUGGCCCUUGCUUGGUGCACAUUCUUUCUCUCAUUUAAAAUAAUAUGAAUAAAAAAUAUAUUUACGUUUCUGCA